AUGCAAAUGUGGCGGCGAAGUUUCGCUACGUCUGUUACCAGACUCAACCGAAGCCCAAUAAAAAAUUCUCAUCCCUCUCUUUUGCGAUGUGCGCAAAUCCUUCAAUCUAGCAAGGCUGGGGAGGCUUGCAGGUUUGAGGACCAAGAGGUCAAAAUCAACGGAUUCAUUCGGUCUGUACGAAAACAAAAGCGUUUUGCGUUCGCAGAAAUAUCCGAUGGAUCAACCUUGGAGCCAUUGCAGGCAAUAUUAAAACCUGCGCAAGCUGUCGAAGCCUUUUCUUCGUCUAGUCUGUCUACUGGAACUGCAGUUGAAAUCUCAGGAAUAUGGAAAGCUUGCCCACCGGGGAAAGAACAAACCCAUGAGCUCCAAACAACGGAGGUGACCGUGGUUGGCGCAUCGGAUCCAGAGACAUUUCCCAUCCAGAAGAAAUAUCAUAGUCCCGAUUUUCUUCGCCAGAUUCCCCACCUCCGCAUUCGAACGCCCUUCAAUUCCCUGCUCUCACGCUUUCGAUCUGAAUGCAUUUUCCAGCUUGGCAAUGUCUUCCACUCCCACUCAAAGGGAGCUUUUACACAAGUCCAGCCUCCAAUCAUAACAUCGUCUGACUGUGAAGGUGCCGGGGAAACGUUUACAUUAGCACCACGCGGUGCUGCUACACCUAGCGCUGAGAACGAACAUUUCUUCAGGGCCCCCAAGUACCUCACCGUGUCGUCGCAGCUGCACCUUGAAGCCUACGCUGCAGAACUGGGAAAUGUCUGGGCAUUAACACCUGUCUUUCGGGCCGAGAAGAGUGAUACACCGCGCCACCUCAGCGAAUUCUACAUGCUCGAGGCCGAGGUCAACUUCAUGUCCGAUCUUGACUCGCUUACCAGUCUGGUAGAGCAUACGCUACGCGAUUUGACGCGUCGACUGUACAAUACGACUGUGGGCCAAGAGAUCUUGUCCGCAAAGAGGUCUGGCGAAUCGGGGCAGGAAACGAGCGCCGAAGAGGCGGAAUACUUACGGCGAAGAUGGACCGACCUGAUGGAUGGACCGCAAUGGCACCGCGUUACAUACACCGAAGCAGUAGAGAUGCUCCAACGCGCUGUUUCUGAAGAAAGCGCAUCAUUCGAACAUGCCCCGACAUGGGAUGGAGGCCUACAACUUGAGCACGAAAAGUACAUCGUCGAGGUACUACACAAGGGCCGUCCUGUAUUUGUCACGGACUACCCGAAAUCAGUCAAGCCAUUCUACAUGGCUCCCUCCCAGAUAUCUGACUGCAGCAACAUCCCCGGGGAGACGGUGGCGUGUUUCGAUCUGCUGCUCCCCGAGGUCAGCGAAGUUGCUGGGGGAUCCCUGCGCGAGCAUCGUCUGUCAAAUCUCAUCGAGAACAUGCGCCAACACGGCCUGAUUAAGCCUCGAGAGCUGACCGAGUCCGGCGAACCAGCCUCAGCCGAGCCGCUGUAUCCUAAUCUUUCCCCAGGCGAGGACCUCAGCCAUCUACAGUGGUAUACUGAUCUCCGACGCUGGGGUUCCGCUCCCCACGGAGGGUUUGGGCUUGGCUUUGAUCGUUUUCUGGGGUAUUUGAGCGGCGUCUCUAGUGUGCGAGAUAUCGUAUCUUUUCCGCGAUACUUCGGUCGGUCUGAUUGCUAA